GUGCUUCGGCUGGAGAUGGUGGUGCCGCGCGAGGGGAAGGGCGGGAGCUCGGAGGCGGUAGCUACGGUGGGGUCGGAGCCCACCGUCGCUGCUAUAGCUCCAAGCUCGCCCCCCCUAGCCACGACGCCAAGGUCUCCGACGGUGACCACUGGGAGGGUGUCUACUCCGACCUCGCCUUCCCCGGUGGUCACUCCUCUUCGUCAACCGCUACACGCCACGCCGUCUCGCCGCAGCAUGCGGCAAGUGACGGCUACAGAUGGGGCGUUGGCCUCAGACGAGGAUUCGUUGUCCAGGGCAAUGAGGCGCAAGGCGGCCUCUAACUUGGACUCGACAGGUUGUCUACCGGUGCACCAGUUUGCUCCGUUCAUGGUCGUUGCUGCAGCGUAUGGAGGACCGCGACCUCUUUACGGAGGUGUGUACACGGUUGGAGGACACGGCGAAGGAUUUUAUUUCCCUACAUGGGUGGCGGCAUAGUCUCAGGAUUGCUCCACCGAUACCUUAGUAUUCCAGGCUGCGUCCUGCGUUCUUCUUUUCGUUUGGUCAAACAUGGAAUUGUCUGCUGUUUGUGUUGCGGCUGUGUGCAUCUUAGCUAUGCAGAGGCCGGGUGUAAUACUUAAACCUUUUAAGUAAU